GUUGGGAGAAAUGAUGGCUGACCAGCGAAAGUCCCUGGACAAGACGCGAUCACCGCUCAAGACGAAGUUCAUACGAUCCCAGAAGAUCAUGCAGCCAUCUCCGACGGACACUCGGUCAGACGAUAUCCCAGAAGACUCAGAACCAGUUCAGGCCAAGGGCCCCUCACGCAGCCAUACUCCUGGCCAUCUAUCAACCAAAAGUACCGACAAGCGGAAAGGAAGCAGCAGCAAAGACCCCCGCUCUCGCUCACAAUCUCAAUCACAAGCAUCCACAAGAAGCCCCGUAGCCGGUGCCUCAGUGCCCAAGCUCCCUGCCUCAAUCCAUGAGAGCAACGGGCCUGUUAUAAGUCCGAUUGUCCGGGAAGGAUCCCCAGCAGUUGCAGCCGGCUUGGUUGUCAGCGAACGUCGGCCGUUGGUGUUGCGGUCCACGUCUGCUAUUGCGGGAAAGCCAACAAGCAGCUCAACCACACCAGUCACCACCCCCAAACCACCGUCUCAGUCUAAGAAGACUGGGAAGCACGCAUACUUUCCUCCUCCGCCGGAUACGAAGGAAGAGCAUGAUGUGUUACCCGCACCAGCAUCUGGCAUGUACUGGUCCCGCGCUCCCACCUCUGGCGCCCCUCACACCGCACUCCGCGCACAUACGACAACCGCCAUAGGUUCUAAUAUCUACAUUUUCGGCGGCUGCGACUCACGGUCUUGCUUCGACGAAGUCUACGUCUUUGACGCGGACGCCUUCUACUGGUCCUCGCCCCUUGUCACAGGCGAUAUCCCAGUACCCCUGCGUGCCAUGACAUGCACCGCCGUGGGCAAGAAACUCGUGGUCUUCGGAGGAGGCGACGGGCCCAUAUACUACAACGACGUCUAUGUCCUAGAUACCGUCAACUUCCGCUGGUCGAAGCCGGUCAUUAGCGGAACCCCUCCUAGCAAGCGGAGAGCACACACUGCGUGUCUCUACCGCAACGGAAUCUACGUCUUUGGGGGCGGCGAUGGCGUGCGCGCCCUGAACGACGUGUGGCGCCUAGACGUAUCGGACGUGACCAAAAUGUCAUGGAAGCUCAUCUCCGCGCCCUCAAGCAGCACAUCCUCUUCCCCAACCGGCGACCGACACGACCUCAAAUUCCGCGCCGACCGUGACAUCAAGCCCAAAGCGCGCGGCUACCACACCGCCAACAUGGUCGGCGCGAAACUAAUCAUCUUCGGCGGCUCCGACGGUGGUGAGUGCUUCCGCGACGUCUGGGUUUUCGACGUGGACACGCUCUACUGGAAGCCCGUCAACAUCCCUGUGUCGUACCCGCGCCUCUCCCACACCGCCACGAUCGUCGGCUCCUACCUCUUCGUCAUUGGCGGCCACGACGGCGUUGAAUAUAGCAACGAGGUCAUGCUGCUCAACCUCGUCAACAUGCAGUGGGACAAGCGCAUCAUCUACGGGGAGCCGCCGAGCGGGCGCGGAUACCACGGCACCGUGCUACAUGAUAGUCGGCUUUUUGUGAUCGGUGGCUUUGACGGCGUAACGGUGUUCGAGGAUGUGUAUAUCCUCGAGCUGGCGGUGCAUGCUUAUUACUCUCAGAUCUCGCAUUAUACUAUUGAUGUCUAGGAUGCCGUGGCGGCGGGUCGGGGUGGGGUCGAGCGCAGCGGGAGAGCGGGCGUUGGGGAUAUGACUUAUGAGGGAGGCUAUCUUGGAGGUUGACUGGAUGGAGCAUUUUACGUAUAAUGAUGGUGGUAAUCUGAAGAUAUAUUUCACCACAUGUUUCUAAGUUUCGCAUCGGGCGCCGGCGGGGUUUAUGACGACGACGAUCAGCCACCGUCAACCCCUCCUCUCAUGGUUUUUCCUCACGCGGCUGGCACGUGCCACUGAAUAUAAUGCUACCCCUCCAUAAGACGGUCUGGAGCUUUUUUCCAAGCCUGGCCCAGAACUGGUGUUCGUAAGGAGAGCCCGUUGCGUUGUAAGCAAGCCAUGGCGGGAACGGCCGGAUGCCUGGGAGUACUCGUAUUCGCACCCGGUUGGUGUGAAAGUCUUUGCGCUUGGCGACUCGGGAGGUCCCGGAUGAAGGCACUGAGCCGCUCGGUGGAACGGGGUUUUGUGGGGUGCAUGAUUACUGAUAGACAUGCGAUGCGUCAGAGCAUCAUCAUGCUGCGAUUCGGGAUUUGCAGCUUUUGUUUAUCAUUUGGGGAUUGAAUUUUUAUGAUGAGGCGAGGUGAGGCUGAACCGGUGAAGGUUUACUUGGGGCGAAGAUUUCUUGGGUAUGGGGGUCAUUUAGCAUUUGAGGUGGAAUUGGAGUGGCACGGAUGGCGGGGGAGCAUUUAUGGACAGUAAGAGAGGAAAAGGUGUCUUUGAAUAAAUGAACGAAUUAAUCUAUCCACUGAUAAAAGCCCAGUCUCAUCGCGUUUCGCGAGAG